AUGAAAGUUUUCAAAGCUUUAAGCUUUUUUAUAAUUCUUGGAGCUUUUCAUUUUUCCAGAUUUUCUGAUGCAAAACGUGUCAUUACAUAUCCUUCAAUAACAUGUUCAGGUUCCAACAAAACUGCAGUGAUUACAGAAUGUUAUAGCAGACUCGUUGCGAAGGAAACGCAUGGAUUUAAUCUUCUUGCCUACGAUUUCAGCAUGAAAAUUGGAAAUAAUUUUCAAACUUUAAUAAGUGGUUCUGAUAUUGACAUUUGUGAAAUUUUAAGUGGAAAGCAAAGUAAUGCUGUCAGAUAUGGAUUGAAUAUAAUUAGGAAAUCAAUUCCAAAAAGAUCACUUCGACCUUGUCCAUUGUCGGGCCAUCACGACUUAGUAAACAUCACAGCUGGUAGACUCGAUUCAAAGGCAUCAAAUAUCCCCGAAGCAACUUAUCUCUGUUCCUUAAGAUUCUUUAAUGAUGAUGAUCAAAAUGUUGCUUCACUCAAAAUAGUGGCUGAGUCUAAAGAUGUACAAGAUUAA